GAUGCAGCUAAAUUCACCGGAGCGUUGGACAAAAUCAAUGAAAUGUCUUUUGCUAAACAUGAAACGUGUUAUUGGUAUUCUAACAACUUUGCCUAUCGUCACCCAGCAACAACAAAAUAGUCCACAACUUAGUAGUGGUACUUUAACACCAACAAUUAACACGUUGAAAAUAUGA